UUCCUUCUGUCUUUGAUCCAAAUCCCAACUCAAAGUCAGCAGACUUUGAGUUUUGAGCUGGUGCCAAAGUGGUUUCCAAGGUUUCAUAUGUUCACAUCAGUAACUUAACUUUGUCACUGACUACUUCUUUCUCCGUUGUGAACAGCUACUGGUGCUUGAGCCCUAGUCCUAAUACGUCGGACUAUGGCGUGGACCAAGGGCCGGCAGCGAUUUUCCCUGGAUGAAAGAGAUUCGGGGAGGCUUUUGGGUGGUGCAAUUGCAGGGAUCCAUUCCAUGACAGAUGAGCAUUUUGGCAUAAGCAUUGUAGAGUACAUGGCAGCCGGCACCAUACCAAUUGCUCAUAAAUCUGCUGGCCCAGAGAUGGACAUUGUGUUGGCUGAAGACAGGGAAGCAAACUGGAUUUCUUGCCCAAAAUGUGGAAGAAUAUGCAGAUGCCAUUUAAAAAUAAGAAUGUGGAAACCGAGAGAUUUGAGAUGGCUGCGGCUGCAAUGAAACUGGCGGGCAGGUUUUCAGAACAAAGAUUUUAUGAAGAUAUUAAAGCAGCUGUUCGUCCAAUUAUUUGCUAUACUUCCAAGUGAUGAAAAACCAAAAGAUGUACACUUGUGAGUUAAGAAUAGGCGAUCCCAAUCUUAAUUUUCAAAUAGAACUUGAUAGUGUAAAAAAUCGAAAAGCAUGAGGUGGGUGAGCUGAUGAUCUCUAGAUGAGGUGCGCUAUUCUUGUGUGCUAAAGCAUGAAAAUUAAGUGGUUCGCUUAAUUGAAGAGUUGAGUUAGUACACUAUAAUGAAGACCAUUACUCCUCGCUGGUGUAUUCCUUGAGAAAGAUUUCCCCUUAUCUUCAUGCAGCUUCUUGGGCCUUUUUUUAUACAGUGAUCAUUGCCGUUUAUAAUAGAUUUGUCACAGAAUAAUUGGUGUUACGUGGCUUUUUAGAAACAGUAACUUAUUGUCAAAGGUAGGGUUUGAUGGCAAAAGUCAUUUUUUUU